AUGCGCAAAUUAGCGACGCAGUACUGGCGUUCGUUCGUACACGCCAAACCUUUGGUUGCGGAUUCUGCCGAAUCCCUCCGCGCGUUGCUGGAUGUGUUCACCGAGAACACGCGCGCCCUGAGUAUGCUGGAUUAUCCUGUCAACGCGUGGGACUUCAUGCUGCUUAAUCAGUUACUCGAAAAGCUCACUCCCACGCUCCGGGAGAAGUUCGAAGCGGCCCACAUGACCGUGGAAUCGCUGCGGUAUGAUCAAUUAACGAGAUUUCUAGCAGGAUACUGCACGGUUCUCGCGUCGGCAUCCAACUCUUCGGCACAGUCGAGUAAAGCAAAACCUCAGCCGUCAACGAAAACCGCGUCGACUACUUUACUCAUCGCUCAAAGCGCCGCGUGCCCAAAAUGCACGGAGCAGCAUCUGCUGGCUAAGUGCCCCGUUUUCCUGCAGCUCUCGGCCCAAGAACGGCAUAGCUUCGCUCGCAAACGGGGACUUUGUCUGAAUUGCCUUUGCGCGGGCCAUAACUGGAAGACUUACCCUAGCCUUUGGACCUGCCGGUCCUGUCAGGCGAAGCACCACUGUCUCCUGCACUUCGAGCAGGCUAGCGUCCCGUCUCUCGCGACCGCUUUGGCGGUCACUCCGGUCGUUGACGUCGCGGCACCGGAGAAUACAGGCGGACACUAA